AAAGGUAGAAAAGGCAAAAAAGACAAGAAAAAUAGACGACCGCGUACGAAAAGAAAAAUAACAAAAAUGGGGAAGAACGCGAAAAACAUGGACGGCGGCGCCAUACCACUACCACUUCCACCACUCUUCCGAACCCUAAUCUCUUCCCUCUUCACCACCACCGCCGUUGACAAAACCACCACCUUCCUCUCCUUCUCUGUCAACUACAAACUCAUCCAAACCCUCCGUUUCAUCAUCCUCACUUUCUACCUUUUCCUCCUCCGUUUCAUUCCUUCUUUUUUCUUCAUUGAAAACUACGAACACUCCGCCAUCAAAACGCAGAAUAACUUCACACACGAUACGCGAAACGACACCGCCAUCGGACGUGCUCUUUCUCAGCUUCUUUCUGCAUUAAACGAUAUUCCAGUUAGUUCAAGAAAAUACGAAGUUGUUCGAUCGUUAACUGAGAAGAUUAUCGACGAUAAUCACCUCGAUGGUGUUCAUUCGUUACGUGAGGUUAACCGUGUUGCUUUGUCUUCAGCGUUUGGGAGGGCGUUGGGGCAGUUGGAAGUGAAGGUUGCGGAGAGAGAUCAAGGAGAAGGCGAGGAAGGUGAUGGAGGAGAGUGGUAUAGGAUGGUGAAGAGGAGGGUGUGGAGGGUGGUGGGGUGGAGAGUAAAGGGAGGUGAAGGUGGUGUUCCGGCGGAGAAAUUGGCGGCGGAGUUGGUUUGGAUGGUGAAGAAGAUGGUGGAGUGUGGUUUUGCUGAUGAAGCGCUUCGGAGAUGGGCGGUGGCGGAUAAUUUAGGGUUUCUUGCUCUUACUGCUGAUCCUCGUUUGCAGGCUUCGCUUGUUAAACUUGCAGCAUUCCUGUUCAAAGAAGCCAAAGAUUUUGGCGCAGACGAAAUUGAGGAAAGCAAGAUGAAGCAAUGCAUCCAGGUAAAGUUAAAGAUGUUACAGACAUGGCUGCCAUUGUUGUGCAGAGCCAGUAAUGGCAGCGAUGCUCCAGCGUUAAGCAUCAACGAGAGGGCCGAGUUAGAGAGGGUGUUGGAAGGCAUUAUAGAGAGGUUGGAACAAGAGAAACAAGAACAGGUUCUUUCUCUUUGGCUACACCAUUUUACACAUUGCUCAUCCACUGACUGGCCAAAUCUCCAAUCAUGUUAUGCUCGCUGGUGCUGUAAAUCUCGCAAGCAGUUGCUGCUUUCGAGUGAAAAUUGAUAUAUUUAUACACUUUGCUAUUCAUGUAGAAGCAAUUACAAUUAUCCAACUUCAGCUCUAGUAGUUGUCAAAAUUUCUUAGUUAUAUCAACAGGCCACUGAAAUAUGUCUUGAUUGAAUGUCAAAGAUUUAUAAUGGGAAUAGAUAGAAAAUAUAUAUGUAGAUACUAAUUGUAUCAUUAAACCGUUAUACCAUUCAUAAAUUUGGAA